AUGAUGCUGACUGUUGCAAAAGGGCCAACAUGUUACGAGGAUAUAAAAAAGGUCGGUGGAAUUGUUCGUGACAGUUUUAGGGAUGCAUGUUUUGAAAUGGGAUUUCUUAAUGAUGACAAGGAAUAUGUUGCAGCCAUUAACGAGGCCAAAGAUUGGGGUUCGGGACAUUUUUUGAGAAAGUUAUUCGUAACUAUGCUACUGUCCGGUACAAUUAACAUACCGCGUCACGUUUGGCAAAAAACUUGGAAGACGCUGUUCGACGGUAUUCUGCACCAACAAAGACAGUUAACAAAUAUAAAAGAUAUGCAGUUAACAGAAGCUGAGUUGAAAAACUUGACCCUCAUUGAGAUUGAGAAUAUGUUGCAAUCCAAUCGAAGAAGUUUGCACGAAUUCAAAGACAUGCCUUAUCCGGAUGCUUAUGUCACAUGGCACGUUGGAAACCGACUGAUUUACGAAGAACAUGAUUAUAAUACUGAAGCUGAGCGAGAAAACUUCAACAAUCUCUUUCGAGCCCUUACAGAUGAACAACGCUCAAUCUUUGAAAAAAUCAUGGAAGCUGUCGGAAAACAAAGAGGAGGGGUCUUUUUUUUACACGGUUAUGGAGGGACCGGUAAAACUUUCAUGUGGAGGACACUAUCAAGUGCACUUCGUUCGAAGAAAAAAAUUGUGCUUGCUGUUGCUUCAAGCGGUAUAGCUUCGUUGUUAUUACCAGGUGGACGAACUGCUCAUUCCAAGUUCAAAAUUCCUGUGCCAACACUUGACAACUCCACUUGCAAUAUUGACAAAAACACUGAACAUUCUCAAUUAUUCGAGGCAACGGACGUGAUAAUAUGGGAUGAAGCACCUAUGGCUCAUAAAAAUUGUUUUGAGGCAUUGGAUAGAACACUUAAAGACGUCAUGACCAAGAAGGGAUUUGGGAAUAAAAUCUUUGGCGGCAAAGUUGUUGUUUUUGGAGGAGACUUCAGACAGAUUCUUCCAGUUGUUCCGAGAGCAGGGCGUUCUAAUAUUGUUCAUGCAUCCAUAUGCUUCUCUUGUAUCUGGGACUAUUGCCAGGUUCUAACACUGACAAAAAACAUGAGACUUCAGCAUGGAAGCGAUAAUACAAGUUCUAAUGAAUUAGCGGAGUUCUCAAAAUGGAUUUUAAAUGUCGGUGAUGGUAAGAUAUCUGAACCAAAUGAUGGAUUGGUGGACAUAGAGAUUCCUCAAGAUUUAUUAAUUACCAAUUAUGAAGAUCCUAUCAAAGCUAUUGUUGAGAAUACAUAUCCCAAUUUGGUUAAUGUAUUCCAAGAUGUUGCAUAUCUACAAGGAAAAGCAAUUCUUGCCUCAACCAAUGAAGUUGUGGAUAAGAUCAAUCAUUAUGUAUUGGACCUUAUACCAGGUGAAGAGAAAGAGUAUCUUAGUUACGAUUCAAUCGAUAGAACUGACUCGAGUUAUACCGAAGCUUAUGAAGUGCUAACUCCAGAAUUUAUUAGCAAAUUAAGGACAUCAGGUUUACCAAAUCAUAGAAUCAAAUUGAAAGUUGGUACUCCCAUUAUGCUUAUGAUAAAUUUGGACCAGUCAGAUGGAUUGUGUAAUGGAACAAGAUUGAUUGUCACAAGGUUGGCCAAUCAUGUCAUUGAGGCAAAAAUUAUUUCUGGCAAGAACAUAGGUAACCUUUUUUACAUUCCUCGAAUGUCUAUGUCACCUUCAGAGUCACCGUGGCCAUUUAAGUUGAUUAGGAGACAAUUUCCAAUUAUUGUCUCUUACACAAUGACAAUUAAUAAGUCUCAAGGCCAGUCUCUUGAUAGUGUUGGUUUGUAUUUGCCUUCUACCGUGUUUAGUCAUGGACAACUUUAUGUUGCAAUCUCAAGAGUUAUAACAAAAAGUGGUCUUAAAAUCUUAAUACACGACAAAGAGAAUGUUCCGUGCUCCACUACCACAAAUGUUGUAUACAAGGAGGUUUUCCAAUCACUUUGUUAG